CAGUCCAAACCCUAGUUUCUAGGAGAGCUGUCCCAUCCUCCAAAUCCCUCCGCCGCCGCCGCCAGUUUGUCCCUCCUCGAUUUCUUCCCUGCCCUCCACCUGCCCAACCAGCCACAUCCUCAUCGGGAUCCCUCCCGAUCCGCCCAACCAGAUCAGCCGCCUUGCGGCGCCCUCGCCCUCGAGCUCCAACGGGAUCCGCGCGCCCUGGAUCGCCUGCUUCGAGCACCUCCUGGAGCUUGACCAUGCGCGCCCUCAAGCCCCUGCCCGACCACGAGAUAAGCCCCGCUGCCCUUCUCCUCCUCCUGUGGUUUCUCUGCCUUCCUCGUCCUCCUCCCUCUGUUGUCUCUCCUAGCCACUCACCCUCUCCUGUUCCUCUCUCUCAGGAGACGCCAUAGGCGCCCCUUGGUGCUUCGCGUCGCGCCCGGCCAUCAUCCUCAAAGCCGGCGAGUUCCCCUUGCAUCACCGUCGCCCGUACGGGACCUCGUCUGCCUCCCCUGCAUCACGCCUCAUCGCCGGGAGCUCUCGCCAAGUCCGCCUUCCGUCGACCACAGCCCAGCCACUCCCAGUCCACAUGGCCUCCCGUCCCACGCCGGACCUCGUCGUCGCGCGUCCCCGUCUCUCUCUCAUCUCUAAUCCCUCGUCGUCGUCUCCGUGCAGAAAAAACUCGUCGCCGACCUUUCCUGGCUCGGCCAAGUGGGGAUUCGGCGCCUCGCCGCCCGGAUCCAGCCGUCUACGCGUCGUCCGCGCCACCAACCCUGCCUCGCUCGCGCCCGGGUCCAGCCGCUGCUGCCCUCCCGACCUCCGCCUGUCCCACGAUCCUGCUGAAGCCGCGCUAAGUUUUGUGGCUGCUCUGCCUCGCUGCGUGCAGCUGAUCCAGUGGCGCCCCAGUGCCUCGUUCGCCCCUGUCAGCGCCCGCGUGUGCGCAAGGCUAGGGGCGCCCAGCUCCUUCUGCUUACCCAGACAGCCAAGGGCCAGCAUCGCCAUGGCCGCCGGCCUCUGUUUUUCCCGCUAUCAGCUAGCCUACUGGUUGUUCCCUCGAAGACACAUCAGGAGGUCCUGGGUUCGAGUCCCGGACGGCCCUGUUUCUUUUAUUUUGCCAAACACUCACUCAACUACUUGGGCCAAAUCCUCCUGGGCUGCUGCGGUAUGCUGCAAUCCGACCUGUGCGUGUUUUUUCCCUGUUCCAGCGAAUUUAGCAUCAUUCCAGAGAUUUUCUGUUUUGCAGAGAAGUCCCUCUAGAUCAUGCAUUUAGUAACUCACAAAUGGUGCAUUGGAUCAAAAUGAUUUAAAUAUGUAAAAUGCUUAUAAUUUCCUCUAGUUUCAUAAUAUGCUGCUUUCAUGCAUGUUUAAAAUGUUUAAAUUGAUAUUUGUUUAAAUUUGCUCAAAUGCCAUGUUAAAAUGAUUUAUUUCAUAACUAAAUAACCGUAGCUCCAAAUUUAAUAAACUUUAUAUGUAAAUGGGGUGGAAAAAUGCCUAGUUUAACAUGGUGGCAUUA